UCUAUAUAGCCAGUUAAACAGAACAGUCACCCGAGUCGCGCUUAGCUCAGUAGCAAUUCAGUUUCGCGCCUUGUUUCAAAUUAACACUAAGGUUAAAAUUGACAUUGUGUAGUUGUGCGAUAUACGCUAAUUUUUUAUUGUUAAAACGGUGAGGGGACUGAGAAAUUAAUGUCAUUUUUUUUUUGUAGGAAUGAAUCAGUGGAAGUGUUUGCCUGUCACGUAAUCCUGGCAUAGAUAGUAACUUUUUCUAUAAAAGACUUAUUGAAUUGUUAACUUAUUAUUAUUUAUUUUAAUUUAUUAUAUUUUAAAGACUGAAAAAUGUUGCUAAAGUAUCGUUAUGCAACCAAAGUGAUUUUUUGUGUGGUGAUCCUAGUCAGCCUUUGCAAAAUGGUUAGGAGCGAAUAUGACAGCUACGAGAAUCUCCCUCCAAUCUGUUCUAGUGAUAUUUACUGCCAUGGCAAGUUACUCGAUACAAUUCAAAUGGCUAGGAUCUAUAAAGAUUCCAAAACGUUCGUCGAUAUGAAAAUGAAGUACUCACCAAACGAGACAAUGGCUAAGUUUGACCUAUUUAUGCAAGAUUAUAAAGAGCGACAACCGAACAGAGAGGAAGUUCAAAAGUUCGUAGAAUUAAACUUUGAUCCUGCAGGUCAGGAAUUUGCUGAGUGGACUCCUGAAGACUGGGUUGAGCAUCCAAAGUUUCUUGACAAAAUUGGGGAUGAAAAAUUUAAAGCUUGGGGCAAAAAGUUAAAUGGAAUCUGGAAAAUUUUAGGACGUAAAAUGAAAGAUGACGUUAAAAACAAUAAAGACCAUUACAGUAUUAUUUGGGUUCCUAAUCCAGUAAUUGUACCGGGUGGAAGGUUUCGUGAAUUUUACUAUUGGGAUACCUACUGGAUUAUUCAGGGACUCUUACUCUCUGAGAUGCAUCACACUGUUAGAGGAAUCCUGGAAAAUUUUCUUUAUAUUGUGGAACAUUAUGGCCACAUCCCCAACGGGGGUAGAAUUUAUUACUUGGCAAGAUCGCAGCCACCACUUCUAGUUCCUAUGAUUAAUAUGUAUUAUGAGUUUAGCAAUGAUAAGGAAUUUGUUCAGAAAAAUCUACCUACGAUGGAAAAGGAAUUUGAUUACUGGAUGACUAAACAUUCCAAAGUUAUUCAUUUUGAUGGAAAGAAUUAUACACUAGCUGUAUACGGAGAUAGGUCUCGUGGACCAAGACCAGAAUCCUACUCAGAAGAUGUUGGCACAGCUCAAAUAUUUAAGGAUCAAAACAAAAAAGAAGCCUACUACUCGGAACUUAAGGCUGCAGCUGAGUCUGGUUGGGACUUUUCUAGCCGAUGGUUUAUCACCAAUAGCACUAAUAAAGGAAACUUAACCAAUCUUAAGACAAGAUCCAUAGUGCCAGUGGAUUUAAAUGCAAUUAUUUACUGGAAUGCUGUUUUACUAUCUGAAUAUAACAAUAUGUUUGGCAAUCAGGAACGAGCUAGAUAUUUUAGUGACCUUGCCGAACAGUGGAUGAUUGCCACCACGGCUAUUUUAUGGCAUGAAGAAAUUGGAGCUUGGUUAGACUAUGACCUGCAUAAUCAGGUUAAAAGAGAUUAUUGGUACCCUAGUAACAUUGCUCCUUUAUGGACAGGUUGUUACAAUAAAUCAGAAAAGGAUAAAACUGUAAGAAGUGUGCUAAAAUACCUACAGAAUAAAAAAAUAUUAUAUCCUGGUGGAGUACCUAGCUCAGUAGAACAUACUGGAGAACAAUGGGACUACCCAAAUGCAUGGCCUCCUCUUCAACAUAUGAUGAUUGUUGGUCUUAAUAAUACCCAAGAAAAAUAUGCAACCACGCUAGCAUUUCAGAUUGCUGAGAACUGGGUGAGGUCAAAUUACAAGGUCUACGCGGACAAGGACUUGAUGUUUGAAAAAUAUGACUCUACAAUAUUCGGUAGCAGUGGCGGAGGUGGAGAAUAUGAAGUUCAGUUAGGUUUUGGUUGGACGAAUGGAGUUAUUAUGGAUCUUCUUUGGAGAUAUGCAGAUAAACUAACAGUAGAUGACCCUCCACUACCCCUGACAUCCAGCGUCCAAGAAGCUAGAGUUUCGAGUUCUAGUAUUAGUUCAAUUACUACAGCACUUUUAGCAUUAUUAGUCUCGUUGUCGGCGGGAUUUAUAGGUAUAUGUAUUUACAAAAGAAGAACAAAGUACACCACAUUAUUAGAUAAAAGAAGACCCUCUAGUGCAACAUACACAAAACUUAGGAAUAUACGUCAAAAAGUGAAUGCAAGUACAACUAUUUGAGUAAUCUAUAGCGGAAUAUUAAAGUUCAUCCAGUAGUUUAUUGGUCUGUUAUAGUGCCGUUAAACUCUACUGAGAAUCCUUAAGCUGUAAAUAAGUAAUAAACUAAUAAUUUUGUAAGCCAUAAUCAUUAUUACUCAUAUCAGCAAAUUUAGUCUUCUAGAAAAAUAGUUUUAUAAUGCUGCAAUUAAAAGUAUACAAAUUAAUUUUUUUAAGGUGACAUUACAAAUUUUAUCAGUGUUAUAAAUAAAAAUAUUUAAUUUUCAAAUAAUGUAUUAAUAAGAAACCUUGGAAAAAAAUAAAAUUAUAGAAUUGGAAAGCGAUAUUGAUAAAUUGGUAGUAAACCGCAUUGGAUUUCUCACUUAAAGAAAACUUAAAAUAAAAAAUAACUAAAUUCGCUGGUAAUGAGCAUUGUAAAAAUGUUUAUAUAUUAUUAUGUUGUUGUUUAUUUAAAAUAAAAUGCACUGGUUUAUUUUUUUUAUAUUUAAACAUUUUUAGGGAAAUUCCCCCAUGAAAAUCACUAAUUAAUAGAUUAUGAUUAUGUUGUCAACUAUUUUUAGAAUAACUGAAUUUAAGUGUAAAUAUUCUUGAAAAUAUCUAACCUCAUGUAGAAGAUACAAUUAAAAAUCUACUUGUUAGACUGUAACAUCUUUUUUAUAUGCCAAAUCUAAUUUUAUUAGGUUUUUUUAAUCAUCUUAUAGAGGAAGCCUCCAGCCACAUUUUAGUGGAUUUUUGAACUCCUCCAUAGCUUUUUUACGCCCUGUAUAAUUUUAUUUUUUAUUUUAAAUAUGCAUUCUGCAACCAUUUUUGCUUACAAAAGGUAUACCUUAAAAAUGUCUCUAGGAUUACUCUUUUUCUAGAUAUUUACAUUUAAAGAUUUUAAAGCCAUCCAUGAAAACCAUAUUUUAAACUAUUUAAAUUGCUAUAUUACAUUUUAAAUGAUUGAUAAAUAAAAAUAUAAAACCUAAAUAAUUACUUAAAAAUAAAAAUUAUCAAUAUUUGCCAGUAAAUGUUCCACAUGGCCUCCAUUUGUCUCAAGACAUUUUAAAAUUCUUUUAUUAAAAGAAUCUUAAAAAAUAAUUGCUCAUUUUGAAAUGACUCAGCAGCGGCUUGAAUUUUUUCUAAUAAUUGUUCCAAUGUGUUUAUUUGAUUUUCGUAAACAAUGGAUUUCAUGUAUCCCCAUUAGGUGGAGUAAAAAUGGCCGAUUUUUUUUAUUUGUGAGAUAUGGCGAUGCCUAUAUUUGAAAAAGUUGCCUUUUCAAACCGCUGAUUACUGCGCAAAAUCUGGGUUGGGUGUGACCUUAUCUUUGGCUGCCCAACGAGCCAUGAAUAUUUAUAAGAAAAAUCAACAUUUUUUCAAAUUUCUAUGCAGCUCUUCGCUUAUUUCCUUUUAAAAUUUUAUUAACUACUUUUUUAAAAGAAAAUAACCCAGAACUCACCACGUGGAGGUGGCUGCAACUCGAGUUCAAACCGCCCGCCCGCCCGCAUUUCACCACUAUAUAUGCUUAUAAUUUUUUUAGUUCUCUAAAACUUUAUAAUAUUGACUUUUUGUUUCAAAUAUUGGCAAUGCGGCUCUAGAAGUUAUUUUGGACCUUAUAUAACCAUCACGUGCAUCAAAGCCACAGACUGCAGUUGAUGCUUCAGUUACCAAUUUGACGCAGCGUUCCACUGCUUGUGAAUGGCAUGGAAACUUUAAAAUGUCAAUUUCACUUGGAACUUCUGAGAUCAUUUCCAUAAGGCUGCUAUCGGAAAUCGACACUGUAAGGGGAGGCUCGGUAAUUGUUAUCGACUGCCAAUCAAUUAGGUCAAUGUAGUCUGUGGCCUUGAAAUUUAAUAAGGGUACCUUAAACUCACGUACUUUUAGUCCUAAUGGCUUGUGUUGUCUACAUUUUAGCAGUCUUCUUAAACCUAAUUCUCUUACUGCUUUUCUACUAUCAAAGAGCAUAGCUAACAACAUGUUUUCUGGGUGAGCGAAGUACCCGUUUCUUUGAAUGACAGGAUCAAUAAUAUUUCUAAUUUCUUCUGGUAAGAAUCUGGAUUUUUGAAUAAUUCCAAAAACAUGUUUGCUGCCAUGCCUACAGGAAGGUUUAGAUUUUAUUUCAAACCAUGAAACAGCAUACACUUUCAUAAUAUAUUGCGUUAAAAUUUUAAGAUUUGUUGAUAGAUUUUCGGUACCAACAUAUAAUCUCAAAAUUCGAUUGGCUGUAGUUAACCACCUGGAAUGAUACAAUUUUCCUGGCCCUCUCUGCGACAAACUCAAAGAAAUGUUUCCUAUUGAAAUUGCUGUACAGAUUUCAUAAAGGUAUUGCUGGUCGGUACUAAGUUCACUUGGAGUAAUUGCAGGCAAAGUAGUUUCGAUUUUUUCGAACGGCGCGUAUGAAACCACAGCAUCAACUAAAAAGAAUUACACAUUAAAUCGCCCUCAUGAUACUAAUACUCGAGAUAGUAUAUAUACUAAUACUCUUCCAGUAAUAGUAUCAUGAAUCGCCCUGGUCCCAUUGUCUCGAAGCGUAAUACGAUUAAAAACGAACACUUACGAAGUCGGACAGCGGAUUUUAUAUAGAGACUGUUACGGGCCCGCGUUAUAUAAAAAAGCCAAUUUUCAAGGUCAUUUGGGCAGCCAAAGGUGACGUCGUAGAAAUCUGAAAUUUUGCACACCAAUUUGUAAUAACAAAAUGAAAUUUUCAGCAUUUACGCAUUUUAAGUUUCAAAAAAAAAAAUUUUCGCUCCACCCUCGCAAAAAUCCAAUGGGUUGAAAUCAGGACUUCGUGCGGGCCAAGGUCUUUGACUUCCACGUCCUAUCCAGUUGAAAUUAGCAUUAAGAUAUUCUCUCACGGGUCUAGCAAAAUGCGCAGGAGCGCCAUCUUAUAUAAAAAUCAUGUCUAGGCGCAGAUUUAAAGGCAAAUUUUCUAAAUAAUCAAUGAGUUUUGUUUCUAAAAAGUUUAAAUAUAAUUCACCGUUUAGAAUUGGAGGUAACUCGUAAGGUCGUAAAACAAUUGUCUAUAACACCACACCAAAUAUUAACUUUAAAUUCGUGUUGAAAGUGUCUUUCAGUAAUGAGGUUUGGAUUUGCAAUAUCCCAUGAAUGUUUGUUUCUAAAAUUAAAAAUUCCCCGUCGGGUAAAAGUCGCUUCAUCCGUAAACAUAAUUUUAUUAAUAAAUAGGGAUCUUGAUUUUGUUGUUCGUGGAUAUAGCGAGCGAAUUCUAAUCUCGCUGGAAGAUCUGCCUCCAAAAGAUUUUGUGCUGGCGUAAAAUGGUAUAGAUAAAGACGCCCACUAUGAAAAAUUCCUAAAACUGAGGACUUACUAAUUCCAGUUCUUGCCGCCAUACGCCUUAAGCAGCAUUUACCCGGGCAAUUUUUUGGGCAAUUAUUGCUCGGCCACUCAAUUGAUCAAUCUGGAGCAAUUAAUUGAGCAACAUCUAGCAAGUUUAUUAAAAUACGGCAAUUAUUUCGGCAAUAUUGGUCCAUAUAUUCUGUAUUGCUUAAAUGGCUUGGAGUAAUGAAAAGAUUAUUAACUUUAUUGAUGCAGUUCAUUUGCGUAAUUGCUUGUGGGACAACAAAAGUUCUGACUUCAUCGCUUGCUUAAAAAAGAUGAAUGGACGUCUAUUGGCCUGCAUUUUGAAAUUUCCCACGACGAGGCAGCAAAAAAAUUUAAAAACUUGCGCACAUACUUUAAUAAUGAGUUAAAAAAAAUUAGAGAAGAAGCAAAAAAGCGGCAGUGCAAGCCGCCGCUGCUAGAGAAUCAACGUCCAUUGCGAGCGAUAGUUUUCAACUAAACUGGUCGUGUAUGAAUUUAUUGCUAGUUUCUUGGAGUUGCGCCAUAUCGCUCAAUAUUGUUGCUGCAGAGCAUUUUUAAAAAGUGAAACUUGUUGCCAUUGCCGAAAUUGCUUUCUAUUUCCAAAAGUAAAAUUGACCAAUAUUGCCUAAAAUUGAGCAAUUUUAAUUGCCCGUGUAAGGGCACCUUUACACUUAUUUCUGGAUCUUCAGCAUCCUGGGCUAACACUUCUUCUUCUUGAUCCACAUUACGUCUAUUUGGACGCCCAACAUCUCGCUUUGGCCUGAAUGAACCCGUUUCCCCAAGUCUCUGGUAAACAUUUUUAAAGAGUUUAAAAUCUGGCUGCCUCCUAUUUGGAUACAAUUGCGCAUAACGUCGACAAGCUCUUAGACUGCUGUAAUUUGCUUGGGCAUAAACACAAACCAUAUCUCGUAUUUCCGAAUUAGAAAAAUAUUGAUGUCUAGGUAUCUUAACCUAAAGUGAUAAAUAAAGACUACUGGAACUAACAAGUAACAAUUAAUAACUAACAAAAAUAACGCAAUAAAGGGUAAUAAAGUAACUAAUCGUGUGAGCUAUAACGCGCCACAGCAACUAAAAAAACAUAAAUCAUGACAGUGACAGUGACUUUGUUUUUUUUGAUUUUUUUGUUAGACGCAGCCUACUUAUUUUUUUUUUCAACUUAAAGUAGAAAAAUAUUCAUUUUUUCUUGAGCGCAUUGCAAGUUUUAAGUCCAAAUAUCUCGAGAACGGUAAAUCCUAGCGACAUUUUUAAGGUAUACCUUUUUUAAGGAAAAACACUUGCAGAAUAGAAAUUUAUAAUAAAACAUUACAUUAUAUAAAGUGUAAAAAAGUUAUGAGAAAAGUUAAGAAUUUAAAAAAUACUAAAAUAAGGCUGGUGGCGCCCUCUAUGAGAUGAUUUAAAAAAAUUGAAAGUUUUAUAUUUGGCAUAUAAGGAAACCCCCACAGACCAAAUUUCAUUAAAAACAAAGAACAAAUGCUUAAGUUAUGAGCAAAAUUAAAAAAAAAACUUAAUGUUUAUCACCCUGUAUCUUGGUUGCAUUUUAUUUUCGGACUAGGAAAAUUUAACCUAACCUCAUUAUUUUUAUGAGAGGAAUCUGCUGUUAAAAUAUUUACCAUUAUUAAUGGGACACCGUGUAUAUUAGUGAAGAAAUAGUCCAUACUUGCAGUGGAGUUGUAGGUUAAGGUAAAAUGAAAAUCCUGCAGUCUCCCUCCACUUAUUUAUUAAGCAUUUAGUUAUUUAAAAUUCCCUACAUGUUUCGGACACAGUGGUGUCCAUCAUCAGGGGAUAAAAGGUUUAAAAUUGGUAUUAGAUAUACGCCCCAGGGUUUGAUACCAUGUCAAAAAAAACCUCUAUGUAUUUUUUUUUUUUUAAAUUUUAUUUAUUUACAUUUUGUUGUUGAUAAGGACCGAACAGGAUAUAUAUUUUUUAGCAUACUAUUCGGUCCUUGUCCACAACAAAAUGUAAAUAAAUAAAAAUAAAAAAAAACAAUAAUAAUAAAUACAAGUUUUUUUUUGACAUGGUAUCAAACCCUGGGGCGUAUAUCUAAUAGCAAUUUUAAACCUUUUAUCCCCUGAUGAUGGACACCACUGUGUCCGAAACAUGUAGGGAAUUUUAAAUAACUAAAUGUUUAAUAAAUAAGUGAAGGGAAACUGCAGGAUGUUCAUUUUACCUUAAAUAUAUAUUAUUAUAAUUUUGUUUUUUUAAAUUUAAUAUGUUUAUCUUUAAAAAAUGUUCAGUGUAUGAGUUAUUAAAUUAAACUUUUGCAAAUGUGUAUCUAUAUGUCUGCAAAUUUUACAUUAUUCGGCUGAAUAAAGAAAUGUGUAUACGUAGCUAAAUAACAUUUUAACAAAGAGUAAAAUACAUUACGAACCUAAAUUUACUAUCAAAAUUGCUUUUCGAUAGUUCUUUUGAAAACUGGUAUUAGCAACAAGUUAUAUUAUUAUAUAAAGGUUACUCAUACACCAUAAAAAAAAUAUAAAAUUAUGUACUUAAAAUAUUAUUGACUUGGCAAAAUGAAGAGUUGCAAUAUUUAAAUUCGAAUAUGAAGUGGUUCAGACGGGGUCGGUAAAACUUGUCUUUUUAAACAAGAAAAUUACGAAACUCUUCACAUAAUGCGAAUGUCGAAUAAGACAAUAUGGGUGGGUUCUUAAACAAAAACGUACGUAAAACGUAGAUAAUUUAAUUUUAAUAUAUUAACUGUCGCUGGUCCAACAAGUAUUUUUUUAAAUAUUUCUUUUAAAUAUGGUUCUUUAGUAAACAUAAUAUUUUACUUAUGUGCAGUGCAUUAUAAAUAAUAAUUAGUGUAUGCUUUAGAUUAUACUAAAAAAUUGUUUAAAUAAUAACCAAUAUUUUAAUUACAAUAAGUGCCAAACGAAAUUUCUAAUUUUUCUGUUUUUGCGAAAAGCUUCCGAGCAGAUAUUAAUUAUUAUCUAAUAUCAUUAAUUGUAAUAUUGCUGGAAAAUAUAGUUAAAAAAUAAAGUUAUUUUUGAAAAAUUAAAUUAUACUUUAUGCGAAUUAAUUUUAAUUAAACUACGAAAAAAACAUACUACUUUUAAUUAAAUUUAAAUUCCUUAAUAAAAUAUUUUUUUAUAUUUAUGGACUUAUUAAGCUAUAAAGUUUUAGCAUAAUAUUCAGCAUGUAUGCUGAUUAUGCAAUUUUACAGGAUCUAUUAGGUGAUUAGUCAAAAUUAUGUGAAAGGAAACAUAAAUUUAUAUAAUAAAGUUACACCAAAAUUAAAGACCAGUAAAUGAAAGAAAGAACUUACAACAUUAUUUUUCCAGUAAAGCCGUUUUAUUUAAAAAAUUGCCGAGAUAUAUGCUCUAUAACUACAUAUUUGCAUACAUGUAAUUUUAGGACUUACUAGCAGGAUAGGUUUUUACUUGAAAAAAUGUAAUCUAAAUACUUCAACUAAUAAAAAUACACCAUCUACUUGGCAAUAAAUUAAACUACAUAAAAAUCAAUUAAAAUAUUAAAGUUCCAUUAAUUUGAUACUUUUAACAAUUUAUCGGCAAAAAUUUCUAUGAAAUUAAAAAAUAUAUAUUCAUGCGCAUGUAUAAUUUUAUUUUUCAGUACAUAAAUGUUGUAAAGAACAAGUUAGGUGAGUUUGACUUUGAAUUAUAUAACAUAUUCUUUUUAAUAUAUAAACCAUUAUAUUGCUAGUUUUAUUAGGUAGGUAUACGCUUUGGUUUUGUAUACUACUAGUUACAAUUAGAUAAAUAGAGGUUGCUAUAAUUGUCAAUUAUUGGUUUGGUGUAUCUAAGUUUUUCUAUUCUAAUACUUAAACAAUAAUCCUUGAAAUGCACCAAACUGGUAAAAGGGCCAAGCGUUUAUAAUCUAAUUGGAUAUUGUAGUUAUCCAACCAAAGAAAAAUUCAUAGAAUUAUAAACGCCUAUUUCCUUUAGUAUUACCGGCAAUUUGCAUAGCGUUAAACUAAUUAUAAUAAUUUGUUAGGUACCCAAUAUAUUUAUGUUAAACUUAGGCAAAUCUUAUGAAUCUCAGCUCAAUUUAUGUUUUUUAGGUAUUAUUCAACUAAAUUUUUGUGAUAUUAAACAUAUUAUUUAAAUUAAAUUUGUGUUUAUAUAAUAAAAUUGUGCCUUAUUUAGAAUAUAUAAAAUUUAUAUUUAUGCAGAUAAUUAAUAUAAAAUGCAAAGAAAUUUUUAAUAAAAAAAAGUUUUAAUUCA